AUGCCCAUAGCUAUCGUGGGUAUGUCUUGUCGCUUGCCUGGCCAUGUCGCGACCCCAGGAGAGUUUUGGGAGAUGUUAGCGAGAGCCAGAAGUGGCUACUCGACGAUACCAGAAGAGAGGUUCAGCCUUGCAGCUUUCCAUCAUCCAAACCCUGGAAAGGCGGGUUGUGCCAAUCCCGUUGGUGGGCAUUUUCUCGACUUUGACCUCGAAGCAUUCGACGCACCAUUUUUUAGCUUAACAGAGAAGGAAGCUAUCUCUAUGGAUCCUCAACAACGUUUGCUUCUCGAGGGCACGUUUGAGGCGUUGGAACAUGCCGGUAUCCCUAAGCAGACUAUAGUCGGAAAGGAUGUUGGUGUCUUCAUCGGAGGCUCGUUCCCAGAGUACGAGUCACAUCUAUUCCGAGACUCAGACACUAUUCCCAUGCAUCAGGCAACCGGUUGCGCUUAUGGAAUGCAAUCAAAUAGGCUUUCUCAUUUCUUCGAUCUCAAGGGUCCCAGCUUCACAUCGGAUACAGCGUGUUCUUCCAGUCUGGUUGCACUGCACUUGGCAUGUCAAAGUCUACGGACUGGCGAAUCCAGUAUGGCUAUCACUGGUGGUUGUCAUCUCAAUAUGCUUCCAGAGUUCUACAUUUCUUUUGCCAAGUCUAGACUUUUCUCUGAUUCAGGCCGAUCAUACUCGUUUGACGAUAGAGGUACUGGCUUUGGUCGUGGCGAAGGCUGCGGCGUGGUAAUUCUCAAGCCUUUAGAUCAAGCUAUCCGGGAUGGCGAUCAUGUAAAGGCUAUCAUCGCCGGGAGCGGUAUCAAUCAAGAUGGAAGGACACCGGGUAUUACCAUGCCUUGCGGUAUUGCACAGAGGGAUCUGAUGAAGCAAGUGUACGAUCAAGCGAAUCUUGACCCCAAGGAGGUGGGUUUUGUCGAGGCACAUGGAACAGGCACAAGAGUGGGUGACCCUAUCGAGGCUACGGCUCUUCAUGGCGUUUUCGGCAGUCGCGGACCAAGGGAUCCCUUGUUCCUUGGUUCAUUGAAAUCCAACAUAGGACACCUCGAAGGAGCUUCUGGCAUUGUGGCAAUCAUCAAGGCCGCCAUGAUGUUGGAGCGCGGUUUCGUGCUGCCCAACUACGACUUCAAGAAACCAAAUUCUAAGAUUCCCUGGAAGGAGUGGAACUAUAAAGUUCCUGUGACACAGCGACCCUGGCCACGAAACAAGAAAUACAUUAGUGUGAACAAUUUUGGCUUCGGUGGUACCAAUGCACACGUUGUGCUUGAAAAGGUGCCGUUUGCAACAAGGACUACCAAGGACGACUCCGAUCUUAAUGAUGACAACCCAGGCCGCAAACUCUUCGUCUUUACUGCCAACGACAAGAAUGCCCUUGAGACUGUUCUGAAGAACCUGGUCGUCUACCUUGAGCAGAGACCGGAAAUGUUCCAAAAAGAUCUGAUGGGCAACUUUGCAUACACCCUCUGCCAGCGCAGAUCGCUUCUACAAUACAGAGUAGCCAUUUCUGCACAGCGAUCAUUUGACCUCGUCGAAACUAUUUCUUCCGGCAAUUACACCGCUGCGAAAGAAGGUGAUUCCCUCAGGAUUGGGUUUGUUUUUACCGGUCAAGGUGCUCAGUGGUACGGUAUGGGUCGCGAACUCUACGAUCACUACCCUAUCUUCAAGAACGCCAUCGAUCGUGCAGACACUGUUUUGAGGUCUGUUGGUGCUCCCUGGUCGCUCAUUGAGGAGCUUAGCAAGGACGAAAAGACUACUCAAGUAGGUGCUGCUCACAUCAGUCAGCCGUCCUGCACAGCAAUCCAGCUUGCAUUGGUUGACCUUCUACACUCAUGGGGUGUUUUCCCAGAGGCAGUCACUGGUCAUUCGAGUGGUGAGAUUGGUGCUGCUUACGCUGCUGGUAUAUUGGACUUCGACUCCUCCAUGAUUAUUGCCUAUCAUCGCGGGAGACUUAUUCCUGUUCUGAAAGAGAGACAUACAGAUCUACGAGGAUCUAUGAUGGCUGUUGGUGGAAGCAAGGAGGAGUUCGAAGCCCUCAUUUCAGAGCUCAAGGAUGGUGAGGUCAAGAUUGCUUGUUACAACUCGCCCACCAGCUUGACUAUAUCCGGUGACGAAGCCGGUAUUGAUGAGCUCAAGAGGACGGUUGAUGAUAAACAAAUAUUCAACCGCAAGCUUUUUGUGGAUACCGCUUACCACUCCCACCACAUGAACCUUCUUGCGAAAGACUACCAAGAGUCAAUCGGCCACCUUCCAUCUCCCUCUCCCACGAGCGUUCGCUUCCACUCAUCCCUUCUGGGCAAGCAGUGUGAUGCUUCGGAGCUAGAACCCACUUACUGGGUGCAAAAUCUUACUUGUGCUGUCAGGUUCAACGAGGCUGUCCAGAGUAUGUUAGCACCCAUUGGUGAACACGCCACUGGUGUGAACAUGCUGGUUGAGCUUGGACCCCACUCCGCUCUCCAGGGGCCUAUCAAACAGAUCAUGCAGGCUGUGGGUGGCCCGGCUGCUAAAGUGCCAUAUGCUGCUGCUCUUUCUAGAAAGAAGGACGCCGUCGAGACAGCACUGGCACUUGCGGGUACCCUAUUUACCAAGGGCUAUACCCUCGACUUCGACGCCAUCAACUUCCCCAAGCAUCAGAAGACACCACCGCAGCUGCUCACAGACUUGCCGCGAUACCCAUGGAACAAGUCUACCAAAUAUUGGCACGAUUCAAGACUCACACAGAAGCACAAACACCGCAGUGCUCCUCGGAACGAUAUAUUGGGUACCGUUGCCCACUACUCCAAUGAUCUGGAACCAACGUGGCGAAACAUUGUCCGCCUCGAGGAUCUGCCUUGGCUAGAGCACCACAAGGUGCAGUCAUUAACCGUAUUUCCUAUGUCCGGGUUUAUCACAAUGGCAGUCGAAGCAGCUGCUCAGCGUGCUGCUACUGCGGAGGUAUUGUUUGAUAAGUACAAGCUUCGAGAUGUGACUGUCGUUGCACCGCUUAUCAUCCCCGACGCCGAUGUAGAGAUGACCACAACUCUCCGUCCGGACCCUGAGACUACCCAAGGAACUUGGGAUGAGUUCCGAAUCUGCUCUUGGAGCAAAGCGCAAGGCUGGAAAGAGCACUGCAAGGGUUUUAUUACCGUCGAGAACCACGAAUGCAAUGGUGUCGAUGACGAUCGAUGUGCUAAGGAAGCAGAAAGUCUGUUGAAGUCGACAAUUGCAUCAGUGGAUAAGAGCGCCUUAACAUCACUCUCUUCUGAUACUCUCUACAAUGCCCUUAAUGAGCUCGGUGUUUCUUACGGCGCCACCUUCCAGGGUCUCGGUAAAAUCUCAACAGGCGGUCGUUGCUCAAAGGCGGAACUUGUUGUUCCGGAUAUCGCCCACGAGAUGCCCAACAACCAUAUCAGCCCUGCCGUCUUACAGCCAGCACUCCUGGAGUCACUAAUCUCAAUGUACUGGCCCAUUGCAGAUGGCGGCCGGAGCUCUAUCGACACAAUUUACCUGCCGUCGGCGGUUGAGCGCAUCACCAUCUCCAAGAGCGUCACAGAGGCCACAAUGCAACCGGGAAAGCUUCUGAAUGCUUAUUCGCAAGGUCACUUCGCAACUGAUGCCCCCAAGCCUACCAAGAUCACUAUGUUCAUGACCUCUGCUGACGAGACCGCCACGCCUCUUAUCACGCUGGAAGACCUCACCGUAUCGCCCAUGAUUGACCACGAAGCAGCUGUUGAGGAGGUUCAUAGGGAGCUUUGCUACAAGAUAGACUGGGAGCCGGUUCUAGAUUCCGAGUUUCCUCAGCCACUAGAACCCGCCGAAUCAGAGGUGAUCAUUAUCCGUUCAAAUACUGCACUUCAGGUCAAGGUCGCCACGGGCUUGGCUGAAGUUAUCGAGAAAAGUACAGGAAAGAUGCCUCAAAUGAGCGAUUUGCUCUCCGCACCUGAUGCAGAGGGCAAAUUGGCAAUUUUCCUGCCCGAAAUUGAAAAGCCACUACUGUCAGUACUCAAGGCCAAUGAAUUCGAAUCUCUUCAGAAUAUUAUCGCCAAUGUACAGGGCGCUCUAUGGGUCAUUCGUGGUGCUUAUGAGAAGGCCACCUCUCCUGAUUUGAACAUGAUUACUGGUCUCAGCAGGACUAUCCGCUCUGAAACCCUCUUACCAUUCGCUACGUUAGACCUUGACGGGCGCUCGCCAUUGGAGGCUGACACAGUGACUGAAGCCGUAAUGAAGAUCUUCAAGGCCAUCUUCAGUAAGGACAGUCCGAGAAAUGCCGAGAUGGAGUUCUCCCAGCGAGAUGGCAGGUUCUUUACGCCUCGGAUCAUCAAUGACGCUGAGAUGAACGCUAUCGUACACCAAGAGACCCAGUCUUCUGCACUCCAACCAACUCCUUUUGGACAAGGUGAUCGGAUCUUGAAGCUGAAGAUUGGCAACGUCGGCGCACUUGACACUCUGCACUUCGUCGACGAUGAGAGCAAGGAGACGGAUCUACUUGCAGAUGAGAUUGAAGUUCUGGUUCAAGCUAUCGGCCUCAAUCAUCGUGAUUUGACAGCAGCACACGGAAAACUGGCCACUGAUGACUUUGGUGUCGAGACAAGCGGUAUUGUUACCAAGCUCGGCAAAAAGGUCACGAAUUUCAAGGUUGGUGACCGUGUGGCCGCGAUGACACAUGGCGGUUUUGCUACUACCACGCGCACAAAAGCGUCUUUCGCUUUCAGACUGCCCUCUGAUAUGUCUUUCGAAACCGGUGCUUCUCUGCCCUUGGCUUACACCACUGCCUAUUACUCAUUGAUUGAGCUCGGUCGCCUGCAGGAGGAUGAAAGCGUCUUGAUUCAUGCUGCUGCUCGUGCAGUUGGACAAGCUGCCAUCUCUCUUGCUCAAAUGAUCGGCGCUGAGGUCUUUGUUACUGUUGGCAGCGCCGAGAAGAAGGAAUUCCUGAUGGAGCAUUAUAACAUUCCGGAGGAUCACAUUUUCCACAGCCGCAACAACAGUUUCGGCAAGUCACUACGUCAAGUCACCAACGGCCAUGGCGUUGACAUUGUAUUGAACUGUCUCGCUGGGGAUGCUGUCCGGGAGAGUUGGGAUUGUCUCAACAAAUUUGGGCGUCUGAUCGAUGUCGGAACCCGCAUUUCCUCCACCAACGUCAAACUCGAUAUGGAUCAGUUCGAGAACAACUCAAGCUUCAUGACAGUCGACAUGAUGGCCCUUGCCGCUGAGCGACCCAGAGUUAUGCAGCGGGUCCUGAGCGAUGUUUCAAAGCUCAUCAAGUACAACAAAGUUGCUCCUCCCUCGCCCAUCACUACUUUCCCUAUUUCGAAUGUUGAAUCGGCACUUAAAGCCCUUCAAAGUGGUGAUAAUGCUCAUGGUAAGCUUGUUGUUGUACCUCAUGCCCAAGACAUUGUCAAGGCAACGCCUCCCAAAAAGCCGCUUCAGCUUCUAAAGCCCGAUGCAACAUACAUCCUUAUCGGAGGCACUGGCGGUCUAGGCCGCAGUAUGUCUCGCUGGAUGAUUAAGCGCGGCGCACGCAACCUGGUCCUGGUUUCUAGAUCGGGCUCUGCAACUGGUAAAGUCAAGGAGCUUAUCGACGAGGCCGGCGAGCAAGGCGCCAAUAUCAUCGUUCGCCGCUGUGACGUGGCCAAUCCUGCUGACGUCGAAGACCUGGUCAACCAAGGUCUGGAGGGCAUGCCGCCUGUGCGUGGUCUGAUUCACGGUGCUAUGGUCCUUCAUGAUGUCCUCUUUGAGAAGAUGACUUUUAACCAAUACACAUCUGUCAUCGAAUCCAAGGUUCAAGGUGGUUGGAACUUCCACAAUGCCCUUGUUAAUGCACCUUUGGACUUUUUCGUCGCCAUCUCCUCCGUCGCUGGUGCUGUCGGCAACCGUGGGCAGGCCGCCUACGCCGCUGCCAAUUGCUUCCUCAACGCGUUGGUGCAGUACCGCCUGGCCCGAGGACUCCCUGCCUCUUCACUCGACCUGACUGCCAUUUCCGACACUGGAUAUCUUGCCGAAGAUGCUGAGAAGGCUGCUGAGGUCGCAAAGAAUUUGGCUGGUGAUUCCAUCUGUGAAGCUGAGGUGCUUGCCCUUCUCGGGACAGCUAUUAGUGGCAAGCUUGGAUCUAUCUGCAACAACCACACCAUCACCGGGAUGCGCAUCACGCCUGAGCAACAACCCUUUUGGACUCAGGAUGCCAAAUGUAAGCACCUGCGUGAGGCGGCUGAGGCUGCCGCUGCUGCUAAUGCUGCUGCUGGUGGGUCCAAGAACAUAUCCUGGAACGCGGCGGCCAAGGCGGCAAAAACCCUCGAGGAAGCCGAGCAAGUGGUCUGCGAUGGUCUGGUUGAGAAAUGUGCCGCCGUAAUGAUGAUGGAGAAGGAAGACCUGGACGUCACCCGCGCCUUAUCCAACUACCCUCUUGACUCGCUAGUUGCCAUCGAGAUCCGCAACUUUAUUACCCGCGAGUUUGAAGCAACCUUGCAAGUUCUGGAGUUGCUUUCGAGUGGUUCCCUUCAAACCCUUGCGAAGGGUGUCUGUGUGAAGAGCAAGAUGAUUAAUUUCUGA